GAGAUGACUUACAUGUCUCAGGUAUUUAUUUAAGCGUUAAAUGCCUCAUAGUUGAUAUAUACAGUCUUCAUUUUGUAUAUUUACAUGUAUUGUCUCUUUCUGCAGCACCUGAUACUCCAGACCAGUAGGUGGUACUGGUUCACCUUUAUGAACCGUAAUAAAAACCAUAGAAGAAGUUACACCAUCGACGUCCUGGACUCAGUAGACGUUAAAUUUGUACAUAUUUUAUUGGGACUGCUGCACCAGAAGAGUUAGGAGGAGUUUUGUUGUAUUUUUCUUCUUUUGAAGCUAUAAUUAGAUUUAAAAAAUAGUUUAACGCAGCAGGAAAGAGUUGCAGAAGCCAGAGAUAGAUAUAUAUAUAUAUGUAUAUAUAGUUAUUGUUUCUGUGUGAAUGAAUCCUAAAAGUCAUGCCUUUAGAAAACUGUGCUGCAGGAGUCACACUGAAGAUCUGGACCACUAAAGACAGACUGUCAGACCCGGAGGAUGGGCUGCGAUGUUGAACCAGGACCACACACAGCUGCAAAUGUAACAACCGUACCGAAACACCACUCGUCUCAUCCAGUCUACUUCCUCCACUUCCUUCCUGUGUGUAUUAUUGCCCUCCUGCAUGCUCCACAAGUCAGUUUGGACACGUAGCUUGUUUAGGAGACGCUGCACCUCCAGUCAUGUCCAGGUCCAGUCGGCGGUACAAACCUCUGCAGCAGAGCAACGGCGGCGGCUCUUUCCCCGGCUGUGACCGGGUGCGGAUGCCCCGGGCCCGGGUACUGCUGCUCUGUCUCCUCGGUGUUCUGAUGCUGGCGGUGGUUCUGGGAAUCUACCUGUCUAACGACACGACCAGCGGGCAUGUAAACCGUAUGCCAUUUGUAGAUCUGACAAAAGACAGGUUGUCCCACAAACCCAGUAAAUGCUCUCCGGCUCAAAUCCAUCGUCUAGCCUCUCAGGUGGACGGGACUCGCCUGUGGGAGACUCACUUGAGGCCGAUCCUAAUAGAGCGGUUGCCGGGGACACAAGGCAGCCUAGCUGUUCAGCAGCACAUCACCUCCACUCUGUCCUCGCUGUCUGCUGGCUGGACCAUCGACUUAGACUCCUUCCACUCUCCGACACCUCGAGGGAAAGUCUCGUUCACCAACAUUAUUGCCACCCUGGACCCUUCGGCUCCACGAAGGCUGCUGCUGACCUGCCACUAUGACUCUAAGGCCCUGCCUCCAGACCCCCGGGCCCCAGAGAAGGUGUUUCUGGGCGCCAGUGACUCAGCGGUGCCCUGCGCUAUGAUCCUGGAGCUCGCCACUUCUCUGGAUGCUCAGCUUAGAUCCUUCAAACAGCAGAAACUUCCAGUGACUCUGCAGCUUGUGUUUUUUGAUGGAGAGGAGUCAUUUGAAGAAUGGACCGCCACGGACUCGCUGUACGGCUCCCGUCACCUGGCUGAGCGCAUGGCCAACACACCUCACCCUGCUGGCUCCACACACACCACCAUGCUGCAGGCUGUGGACCUGUUUGUGCUGCUGGAUCUUCUCGGUGGUCCUGAUCCACUGAUUGCAAAUCACUUUGACAACACGGCGCGCUGGUUUGACCGUCUGAUUGCUGCAGAGAAGAGACUUCAUCGACAGGGUCUGCUGACGUCUCACCCAUCAGAGCAGACCUACUUCAGGAAGGAUGUGUACCUCGGACCCGUGCAGGACGACCACAUCCCCUUCCUUCAUAAAGGUGUUCCUGUGCUGCAUGUCAUCGCCACACCCUUCCCACAGUUCUGGCACACACUGGACGACACAGAGGAGAACAUGCACCGCCCCACUGUGGAGAACCUGACCAAGAUCAUGGCUGUGUUCCUGGCAGAGUAUCUGGGCUUCUGAACCCAAAACACAACAUUAACGAGUACUGGUGAUGCAACUCUGCCCACUUUUACCCCGUACUGAAUACCAAUGCGGUUUCAUCACACUGGUGAUGAAUUAAUUACCAGCAUGGACCCAAAUGUGUGAGAAGAACCUGGUAAAAUGAACUAAAUACUGAAUAUUUAUCUAUAAACCAGGACACCAGCUGAACUUUACCAAAGACUCGGCCCUGCUGGACUAUCCAGUCUCUGUGUUUUCAUCUGAUAGAUGAGCUAGAGACUGCUGUCCAAAGGUCUGGGCGUGUGAUGUGAAUACAAAAGAGUCUUAAUUAAAAUAACAUCAUACCAGCUGAUGAUGAUGAUGAUGGUACCUGAGGAACAGUUUGAGUCUGUGAAUUCAAAAGCACUCUAAUUAAUAUUUUUGCUUUAUUCCUGUGAAAAAAAAUCAUAGCCUUAUACUUUCUUUAGCCCAUGAAUAUGAUUGAGAUGCACUAAUGUCUUCUUAAAGGCAGACUAUGUAAUCAGUUUUCCUUCUCUGGGGUGGCGUUAACACUGUUUAUUACAGUGACAAUGGUGAACAACAGCGAGUUUAUAUGUGUGAAUAAGUCUUUACCUUCACUUGAGUGAAGAUCCUCUUGGCCUUACAACCUGCUGAUAUUCAUUGCUAGCUGUAGUAUGUGGCUGGCUACACUGCACAUGUUUCAGUGUGAUGAUAUUGAAGUGAAAAUACAUUGAAUGUUCUUUUACACCAUAUAAAAGGUGUAAUAAAAGUCUGCAAUAAA